AUGACUACCCCGGAAGCGUCGUUCACUACAGAGCGCCAUGUCAAAUACUACCUCCGCUGUCUAAAGACCUUCCUCCCAUCCGCAUACACCUCCAAUGACUCCAAUCGAAUGCUCCUGGCCUACCUGACGCUCUCCGGUCUAGAUGUCCUAGGUGUACUAGAAACCAAAACAACGCCGGAAGAACGAUCAAGCUACAUCAACUGGCUAUACCACUGUCAAGUGCCGACGGGCGGAUUCCGCGGGUUCCCAGGGACGGACUUUGGAUCUGACAGGCGGAAUAAAGACAACGAAGCUUGGGAUCCGGCCAAUGUUCCCGCGACGUUCUUCGCGCUGGUGAAUCUUCUCGUGCUUGGAGAUGACUUGUCGCGCGUCAAGCGAAAGGAGUGUCUGGAGUGGCUUCCCAGUGUCCAGCGCAACGAUGGGAGCUUCGGAGAACUUGUCGGCCCGGACGGCAGCUUGGGCGGUGCUCGAGACCUAAGAUAUUGUUGUUGUGCUGCGGGAAUACGGUUUAUCCUGCGUGGCAGAGGGGACGGGCUUGAGGACGUUCCUGAUAUUGAUGUUGCGGGUUUGGUUUCUUUUAUUGAGGCUUGCCAAACUUACGAUGGCGGUAUGGCAGAAUCCCCGUUCUGUGAAUCGCAUAGCGGACAUACUUAUUGUGCGAUUGGUGCUUUGGACUUCCUGCGCAGGUCCUCCCAAGACUUACAAACGCUGCCGCUUCUGUCAGCUGGAUCGCGGCAAUUCGAGGCGCUGACUACAUGGUUGGCUUCAAGACAAACAGCCGAGAUUGAAGAGCCCGAAGAGGAUGACGAGGAAGAGCAACCUCGGAGCCUGAAGGAUCCUCUCACCGAUCAAAUUAACGAACUGCCCGAUAUCGCACCCCUCGACGCGGACACAAUAACAUGUGCUGGGUUUAAUGGUCGAUGCAAUAAAUAUGCAGACACCUGCUACUCGUUCUGGAACGGGGCAACGCUGGUGAUGCUGAAUCAAUACGGCGUGGUCGACGAGGUUCGCAACCGUCGCUACCUUCUUGAAAAAACGCAACACCUCGUGGGUGGCUUUGGCAAAGGGCCCGGGGAUCCUCCUGACCUGCUCCACUCGUACUUCGGGAUGGUCUCCUUGGCUUUCCAGGGUGAGGCGGGACUAAACGCUGUUGAUCCCGCGAUGGGUACCACUGAACGAACAGUACGACAUCUUAAGUCGCUGCCUUGGCAGUGA